AAGCAGCACCGGCCCAAGCUUAUACUCUGUAUUCAACUUCCUUCUAGCACUGAGGGCUUUUCCUGUUUUUCAAGCUCCGCGACGGCGUUGCCGCCACAGAGUUCCUCUGAUUCCAGUUUCUUGUUGUAGGAGCUAGAAUUGAGAUGCAGAUGGAGUUGUCUUUGGAAAAUUUGGAACAGUCUUCUGGACAAGAUUUAUGGAGUUCAAAGGGCGAUGAUAGCAAUGCAAUCAUAUUGCCCGAAAAGAAAGGGAAGAAAAGGAAAGGCAUGAAGCAGGAGCAUGAAAAGUUUAAAACAAAUAAAACCCGAAAGUUGAGUGCCUCUCAGAAAAGAAAGUUGAAGAAGUUGGAGGAGGAGAAGGAGAAAUCACUUUUGCUGUCGAAAAGCAUUGAGACAUUAGAGAAAUACAAGAUUCGGGAGGACGCAUUUUCACUUUUACAGUCUUCACAGAACCUUGGUCAGGUUGAGACAACAUUGGAGAAACGUAGGAGGGCGGUACGAUUUUCUAAAGCAGGUUUAGAAAUGCCACAUAGCGAUCGACCUUUCAAGAGUCAAGAUGGUGAAAUGGAACCUGAUUCAAACAAAAUACAGUCAAAGCAGGAGUUUGAUGAGAGUGAUGCUAUGUGGCCAAGGAUGGUGCAAAGAGAAGUCCUAAGUAAUGCUUCUAUUUCUUUGGGCUUUACUUCAGAGCUAGUUUGUAGCACUGAACUUGCUGUAAACAGUAGACAUAGUCCUACUUUGCCAGCUAAAGAAGUUUCGGAGAAGAACUAUGAUACAUCUAUGCAAGAUAGGAGAAAUUCUACACCCACUUCAACUACUGCUGAUGGCCAGAAAAACAUCAAGUCAAAGGAUGUGCCAGAUUGGAAUCUGAACUUAAAUUUCAGGGGUACAAGCAACCUACCAGAUUGUUCUCUGCAACCUAUAACUACUCCAACUGUAGUGCAUGUGUCGAGGCCAACUGAAGUUGAAAACAACAGGAAGGACCUUCCCAUUGUCAUGAUGGAGCAGGAAAUAAUGGAAGCUAUAAAUGAUCACACAGCUGUUAUUAUUUGUGGAGAAACUGGGUGUGGUAAAACCACUCAAGUUCCUCAGUUCCUUUAUGAAGCUGGAUUUGGCUCAAAGCAGGCCAGUGUUCAAAGUGGUAUUAUUGGUGUCACACAACCACGACGUGUUGCUGUCCUUGCCACAGCCAAGCGAGUAGCAUUUGAGCUUGGUCUUAGUCUGGGUAAAGAAGUUGGGUUUCAAGUCAGGCAUGACAAGAUGAUUGGAGACAGUUGUUCCAUCAAGUUUAUGACUGAUGGAAUUUUGCUUAGAGAAGUUCAGAAUGAUUUCUCAUUGAGGCGUUACUCCGUCAUAAUUUUGGAUGAGGCACAUGAGAGGAGUUUAAACACUGACAUACUAAUUGGAAUGCUUUCCCGUGUUAUUCAAGUCCGCCAGAAGUUAUAUGAGGAGCAACAACAGAUGAUGCUCUCAGGAGUGAGAAUAAGUCCUGAAAGUAUGGUCCCACAAUUAAAACUUGUGCUGAUGAGUGCCACAUUGCGAGUUGAAGACUUCAUUUCUGGAAGAAGAUUGUUCCACACCCCACCACCUGUUAUAGAAGUUCCUUCCAGACAAUUUCCUGUAACAAUACAUUUCUCAAAGAGAACAGAGAUUGUGGAUUAUAUUGGCCAAGCCUACAAAAAGAUCUUGUCUAUUCACAAAAAGCUGCCACAGGGUGGCAUACUUGUCUUUGUCACUGGUCAGAGGGAAGUAGAGUACUUGUGCCAGAAGCUACGGAAAGCUUCAAGGGAGCUGAUGUUGAAUAGUUCUAAACAGAAUAUAGGGAAUGAGGUCACUGCAGUCUCUGAAAUGAACUCUGUUGGAGGAAUUGAUAUAGAGGAGAUCAAUGAAGCAUUUGAGAUUCAAGGAAACUCAGCCAACCAGCAAACUGACAGGUUUAGCAUAUAUGAUGAAGAUCAUGGUGAUCUAGAUGAGGAUGAUUCAGACUCAUCAUAUGAUUCAGAGACAGAGAGUGAAUGGGAAGUUCUUGGUGAUGAUGGGAAUCCAUUGGACCUGAAAACUUCAGAGGAUGAUGGUAAUCUUGUAGAUAUUUUAGGAGAGGAUAGGAGUCUUGCUUCGCUUAAGGCUGCUUUUGAUGCUUUGGCUGGGAAAACUGCAAUAAACCAUAAUUCCAAAGGGGAAGAAGUUGUACCUGAUACUCCAGGCAGAUGCUCAGACCAAUCCAAUCCUAAUAUGGGAAAGAAAAGGGAUGGAGAAAAUGAUCUUUCUGCUGGUGCAUUGUGUGUUCUUCCUCUUUAUGCCAUGUUGCCUGCAGCAGCGCAGCUUCGUGUAUUUGAAGAGAUCAAAGAAGGAGAGCGGCUUGUUGUGGUUGCCACUAAUGUGGCUGAAACCUCUUUAACCAUUCCGGGCAUAAAAUAUGUUGUUGAUACUGGAAGAGAAAAGGUCAAGAAUUACGACCAUUCUAAUGGCAUGGAAACAUAUGAAGUCCAGUGGAUAAGUAAGGCAUCAGCUGCCCAACGUGCAGGAAGAGCUGGAAGAACUGGACCUGGCCAUUGUUACCGUCUUUAUUCUUCUGCAGUUUUUAACAACAUACUUCCCGAUUUCUCUAUGGCUGAAAUAUUGAAAGUACCUGUUGAAGGUGUCAUCCUUCUCAUGAAGUCCAUGGAUAUUGAUAAGGUUGCAAAUUUCCCAUUUCCAACUCCGCCUGAUGCCAUCGCCUUGGCUGAAGCAGAACGGUGCUUGAAGGCUCUUGAAGCACUUAAUAGCAAAGGAAGACUGACACCUCUUGGGAAGGCUAUGGCACAUUAUCCCAUGAGUCCUCGUCACUCCCGAAUGCUGCUUACAGUUAUCCAAAUUAUGAGGAAGGCAAAAGGUUAUGCCCGAGCCAAUCUGGUUUUAGGAUAUGCAGUUGCAGCAGCAGCUGCACUGAGCUUACCAAAUCCUUUUGUUAUGCAGUUUGAAGGAAACCACACUAGAAAUGAUGGCUUAGACCAGGUUGAGAAAGCUAAUACCCCAGUUACUGAUGAAAUUGUUGAUAAACAAGAUAAGUUGAAGAAGAAGAAACUGAAAGAAACUGCUAAAGUGUCACGUGCAAAAUUUUCUAACCCUAGCAGUGAUGCUCUGACUGUAGCCUAUGCUUUGCAAUGUUUUGAACUUUCUGGAAGUCCAGUGGAAUUCUGCAAUGAGAAUGUGAUGCACCUGAAAACCUUGGAGGAAAUGUCCAAGCUGAGAAAGCAGCUACUUCAACUGGUAUUUAAUCAAAGUACCAUUGGUGCUUUGCAUGAAGAAUUUUCAUGGCCUCAUGGAACCAUGGAGGACACAGAACAUGCUUGGAGGGUUUCCUCUGAUAAACAUCCUCUUUCACUGAAUGAAGAGGAACUCUUAGGCCAAGCUAUCUGUGCUGGUUGGGCAGAUAGGGUUGCUAAACGCACUAGAGCAAUCUCAGGGUCAUCAGAAGGUGAUAGAAAAGCUAAAGCAGCUCGGUAUCAAGCUUGCAUGGUUAAAGAAACUGUAUUCCUCCAUCGUUGGUCAUCUCUUGCAAGAUCAGCCCCAGAAUUUUUGGUAUACAGUGAACUCCUGCAAACAAAACGGCCAUACAUGCAUGGAGUAACGAAUGUGAAGCCAGAUUGGCUUGUUAAAUAUGCUGCACCUUUGUGCAGCUUCUCUGCGCCCCUUACAGAUCCCAAACCUUAUUAUGAACCCUUAGCUGAUCAAGUGUUUUGUUGGGUCAUUCCCACUUUUGGUCCUCAUCUAUGGCGGCUUCCUUUGCAUGGUGUGCCCAUUAGUGACAAUGCGCAACGUGUGUCUGUUUUCGCUUAUGCUUUGCUUGAAGGCCAAGUAUUGCCAUGCUUAGGAUCUGUCCGGAAGUACAUGGCAGCCCCUCCUGCUAGCAUUUUGAGGCCAGAGGCAUUAGGUCAAAGGCGUGUUGGGAAUCUUCUAAGUAAGUUAAAGUCCAGGCCAAAGACUAUUGACAGCUGUUUGAUGUUAAGAGAAGCGUGGAGGGAGAAUCCCAGGGAAUUACAUUCAGAGAUUCUGGAUUGGUUUCAGGAGACUUUUCACAAGCAGUUUGAAGUGCUUUGGUCACAAAUGCAUCUUGAAGUUCUCUUAGAUCCUCAAGAACGCUUCCCAAAAAAGAAGAGAGGGAAAAGGAAGAAGUAAACAGCUUCUGUAAAAGCUGCACUGGAAAUGCCUAUACCAACUAAAUCUUUUGGCUGUCAGUAAAUAUUUUCUCAAAGAUCUUGCAGAAAUUUAUAUGUAAGAAGGAAACAAGCUUUAUAAAUUCAAAACGUUUGUUGCCUCAAAUUCAUUUAAUGUGUGGCAGCCGCGCAAUGAGGGCCAAUUCUCUUUAUAAUUCUCUUCACACAAUGGAUGGAACUUGAUAUAAACAGUUAAUAGACCUUGACCAUGUUGGCUUCUGGAUUUGAUGAGAUCGAGUCUUAUGCGGUUAACACAAGUACUUCCUUCAGGCUUCUGCCAUGGAUGAAUUUUGCUGCUGAUCAUCAUAUAAAAUGUACCACUCUUCACCUUCAACACUUCUUCUGAGUAGCAAAGACUAAGCUGCCACUGUAUGUACACUAUUGCAACCGAGGCAACAUGGUCUACAAAAGUAACAAAACACAUCUUGAAUCCUUGAUCAUAGAGCCCCCUGUGCCCCAUCCCUCAAUUUUGGGCAUUGAGUGAAAAAAAGUUCUUUCUCUCAUGUCUGGAGUACAGCUGGCAUUUUGUGCAACAUUUAUUGCUGAGUUUGGAUGCCGUAUGGAGAUCAGAGGGUUGAUUUGUAACUUGGAAAAAGUCAUGAAAAGAAAGCUCCAUUACCCAUCUUUUGGCAUUGUACUUGUAUGAUUGGUCUUUGCAAUGUUUGUGGGAAUAGUAUUGAGUGGGCCCAAACCUGAAUGAAUUGUGUUAGACACACUUUCUUAUCAAUUUUUGGAUAGGCUUUGUGGCAGGUGUUGUAAUCUGUCAAUUAAGGGUUUUCGUAGGUAUCGAAAAGGUCUCAUUUGACCCCUUCAGGCCUUCACCAACGGGUUCCAUUCAGUCAUUUGUCCUAGUUUCUUUCAUAUGUACCCUUAUAUUCUUGCUUCCAUUUGUUCACAUCGCUGUUCGAUGGUAUAAAUUUUAUUACAUAUUUAACUAUAGA